AUGGAUGAGUACAGCCGCUUCGUGGACUGGGACAAAAUGGAUGCUGGUGCCCAGAGCCAGGAUGCGAAGGAGCUAAGCUGCACCGAGUUCCAGGAGCUGAAGCAGCUGGCCCGCCAGGGCUACUGGGCCAAGAACCACUCCCUGAGAGCCAAAGUGUACCAGAGGCUGAUCAGCAGCAUCCCCUGCCGCACGGUGACGCCCGACGCCAACGUCUACCGCGACAUCGUGGUGAAGAUCGUGGGCAAGCGCAGCAGCGGCUCCCUGCCGCUGCCCGAGUUUGUGGACAACAGCCUGGUCCCCAGCUACUGCCUGAACGCCGAGGGCGUGGGGGCCGUCCGGAAGAUCAUCCUCUGCGUCGCCAACCAGUUCCCCGACAUCUCCUUCUGCCCCGCGCUGCCCUCCGUCACCGCCCUGCUGCUGCACUACAGCAGGGACGAGGCCGAGUGCUUCGAGCAGGUCUGCCGCAUCCUGGCCUGCAACGACCCCUCCAGGCGCCUCAUCGACCAGACCUUCCUGGCCUUCGAGUCCUCCUGCAUGACCUUCGGGGACCUGGUGAACAAGUACUGCCAGGCGGCCCACAAGCUGAUGGUGGCGGUGUCGGAGGACGUGCUGGAGGUGUACUCGGACUGGCAGCGCUGGCUCUUCGGGGAGCUGCCCAUGGCCUACGUCGCGCGCGUCUUCGACGUCUUCCUGGUGGAGGGCUACAAAGUCCUCUACAGGGUCGCCUUGGCCCUCCUCAAGUUCUUUCACAAAGUCCGAGCCGGGCAGCCCCUGGAGUCUGACAGCAUCCAGCAGGACAUCCGAGCUUUCGUCAGGGACAUCGCCAAGUCCGUGUCCCCCGAGAAGCUGCUGGAGAAGGCCUUCGCCAUCCGCCUCUUCUCGCGGAAGGAGAUCCAGCUGCUGCAGAUGGCCAACGAGAAGGCUCUGCAGCAGAAGGGCAUCACCGUCAAGCAGAAGAGUAUUGCAUCUCCCCAAAGGCAGAAUGUGCACUUAGCAGUUCAUGCUGAGAACUUCAAGUCUGAAAUUGUCAGUGUGAAGGAGAUGAGAGAUAUCUGGUCCUGGAUCCCGGAGCGCUUUGCCCUUUGCCAGCCCCUCUUGCUUUUCACCACCUUGGAGCAUGGCUGCAGUCUAAGCAGGUUCUACUCUCACAGUGAGGGCCAUGAACCAACACUUCUCCUCAUCAAGACCACAGCAAAAGAGGUCUGUGGUGCUUAUCUCUCAACGGACUGGAGCGAGCGCAGGCGAGGAGGCAACAAGCUCAGCUUCUUUGGAACUGGGGAGUGCUUUGUGUUUAGGCUGCAGCCGGAGGUGGAACGCUACGAGUGGGUGAUCAUCAAACACCCAGAGCUGGCCACAGCAGGUUCAGAGGCAGAGAACCAUUCCUCAGCAGCUGCCAGCAUCCUGCCUCCCAGCAGUGGCCCAGCAGAGCCCUCAGAUCGCCUCUCCCCCUUCCUCUCAGCUCGGCACUUCCACCUGCCUUCCAAAACAGCCUCCAUGUUCAUGGCUGGCAGCAGUGAGUGCAUCAUCAUAGGGGGAGGUGAUGGCCAGGCCCUUUACCUGGAUGCAGACCUGAACCAUGGAAGGACCAGCCACUGCAAUACUUUCAACAAUCAGCCUCUCUGCUCUGAAAGCUUCCAGAUCUCUGUCUUGGAGGUGUGGGGCUUCAGGGACACCAUGAAUGGCUGA